AGAUUGUCAAUGUCAGUCGUCUUUUGGCGCGCUGAUUUGUGACGAUUCUUUGUGUUUCUGUUGUAAUUUUAAAAAAGAGAGAGAAAUAUAUUUAUUAGGUAACUAGUCAUAGUGAAAUAAUAUUUGCUGAUCUAUUAAUACAAAAAAUGUACAUAUAAAUCAAGCCGACAAGUGUAGUAACCAUUUGAUAUGCCGGCGACACUCAAAAGUCUGGGGUCUCAUAGUCCACUGCAAAACCGAAGUCUAGACGUAGAAAGAAAUGAUCUAGCCGAUCAAUCUUUGUCAGUUCAAAGGUAUACCAGAAUAAUUUUAAGUUUGAUAGUUUACUUAUAUUGACAUUAUUGUAUGACUUUCGAAGUCUUAAUUUUAGAUCAAUCAUACCAAUUCGCAACGGAAAUCAGAAAAGCAUAACAGACUUCCUUUCUACAAAAAGAACUAGAAGUCCCCAAAAAGACAGUGAUGAAAUUUCAAGUGUAAGUUAUUGUACUUUUGCUUAUAUCUAUUUAGUAUGUGUUUGCAUCAUGAGUGAUUUAUUCCUUUGUAAUAUUAUUCCAGAAAAAGCCCAAGCUCAAUGAUCAUUACAAUAAUAAUGGAAAGUCUAACUUUAGUGAUGAAAAAGAGGCUAUAGUACAAAAUAAUGAUAAAGAAAUUGAAAAACACAACCAGCAAGAUGAUUGUACUAAUAAAUCUAGUAAUGUUUCUGUGGAUAGAUCUGAUUCUGAUGUUGAUGAUAAUGAAGGCACUAUUACAAAUGGAAAAUCAUAUGUAAACACAGAGAAAUGUGAUAUAUGUGGUCAAUUUUUAAAUAACUCUGAUAUUAUAUAUUAUGAAGGGCAUCCACAAGAUGCAAUAGAAGAAUUCAUAGCCCUCACUAAUGAAAAAUUGGUUUUAGCUUCAGGUGAUGACGGAGAUAUAAUGGAAAGACCACAAACAAAUAUAACUGGAUUCUCCAUUUUUGAUGAACAAGGUCAUCUAUGCCCUAUAGAUGGGGGAUUAAUAGAAAAUGAUAUUAGAAUAUACAUGUCAGGGUAUUUAAAAUCCAUUUGUUCUGAAUCACCUGACAUUGAUGAUGAAUGUAUACCAGUAAAGGAUGUUGGUCCAAUCAUUGAGUGGUUUAUACAUGGCUUUGAUGGUGGUGAAAAGAAUUGUAUCACACUUUCAACUGAAUUUGGUGAAUACAAUUUGUUGAAACCAAGUGAACAGUAUACACCUCUUAUGAAUAACUUAUAUGAAAAGAUAUGGUUGAGUAAAGUUGUUGUAGAAUAUUUAGAAGAGUAUCAUUACUUACAACCAACUUAUGAAGAUUUACUUGAAGUGCUUAGGGAAUCAACAAUCCCUGAGUUGGACGACUUGAAAAUGAGUGAAGAAAUGCUUCAUAAACAUGCACAAUUUGUCUGUGAUCAAGUUGUCAGUUUAGAAGCAGAAGAAGAUGAUGAGCCACUAAUAACAUUACCGUGUAUGCGAGAAAUAAUUAAAUUGAUGGGCAUAAAAUUUGGUAAACGGAAGGUACGAGCCAAAAUUGAUUACAAAAAGAUAGAUAAAAAAGCGUGGACUAAAGCUACUACUACUCCUUUAGUGAGAAAAACUUUUGAAAGUUUUUUUAGUAAUCAAUUAGAUAAAACAAACCAUGAAUUGACUUUAAGGAGGAAGAGGUGUGGUGUUUGUGAAGCUUGUCAACUACCAGAUUGUGGUGAAUGUAAUGCUUGCAAGGCUAUGGCUAAGUUUGGUGGUCAUGGAAGAACUAAAAAGGCAUGUGCCAGGAGAUUAUGCCCUAAUAUGGCUGUGGAACAAGCUGAAGAUUCAGAACUAGAUGAUGAUGAUGACUUCCACACAAUGGCUGAAAAAAAGCAACAUGAUAAAAUUGAUGAUAUAGUACCUGUCAAAUUAACAGGCACCAAUAGCAGGAAAAUAAAUUGGAUUGGAGAACCUAUUAAAGCAGAUGCAACCAAAAUUUACUAUAAAAAAGUUGAAAUUGAAGGAUCUGAACUUGAAAUUGGAGAUUUUGUUAUGAUUGAAACCUCUCAGGCUAACAUUCCUGCCUUAGUUGCUAGAGUUGCAUAUAUGUGGAAAGACACUAGUUUCCCUAAAUCGGGUUAUUUCCACGGAGAAGUGUUUAUUAGGUCAUCUGACACUAUAUUAGGUGAAGUAAGUGAUCCUAGAGAAGUAUUUUUAGGGGAUAGAUGUUGCCAUGGUGCACCUUUAUCUUCAAUACUACGAAAAGCUUAUGUGGAGAGAAAAGAUAUGCCUAAAGAUUGGUUUAAAUUAGGUGGUAAAGAAGUAAAUGAUGAAAGUUUCGAAGAUGAUGGGAAGACUUAUUUUUAUAAAAAAUAUUAUGAAAGAUUUACUGCUCGAUUUGAAGAUAUACCAGAAGACCCAAUUUGUCCCAAUGAUUUAAGGAAACACAGAUUUUGCCCUUCCUGUGAACGUACAUCUCGAAAAGAUGGAAAAAAUAUUCCAAAAGUGUCAGGAAAGUUGAUUGAAAAAUCUGCUAUAGUUUCUGAAAAAAAUAAAACAGAAUGGUCUUCAGUUAGAUGGCAAGAUUAUGAUUAUAAGAAAGGCUGCGGAGUAUUUCUAAAACCAGGCACAUUUUUGCUUAAAAACAAUUUAAAUCAUAUUAAAAACCAAAAACCUAAAUUAGAAAAAGUUGACGAAAAUAUUUAUCCUGAAUAUUAUCGUAAAAGUGAUAACUAUUUGCGUGGCUCAAAUUUGGAUACUAUGGAACCCUUUUGUGUAGGGUAUGUUGCAGCAGUAGUAGCAGCUAGUGAUGGACCACUUAUUGUCCCACAAGAUAUAUACCUUAAAGUUAAUGUUCUAUAUAGACCAGAAAAUACAACAAGUCGAUUUCCUCAACAUGAAGACCUAAAUAUUGUAUAUUGGAGUGAUGAAAUCAAAGAAGUACCUUUCUCUGCAGUAGUCGGCCCUUGCAACUUAUAUUAUGAAAAAAAUAUACCUAAUCAAGAAUCCUUACACAAAUGGUUAGAACAAGAUCCCACUAGAUUUUAUUUCAGAAUGGCAUUUGAUAAAACUUCAGGACAGAUAGUUUCUGUUCCCCAACAUGCCGAAAAAGUUGGACGUACUGAUAAAGUUAAAGACAAAGGAAAAGGUAAAGGAAAGUCUAGCAAACCAGCAGAACCUAACAUGGCCAAAAAAGAAGAAGUUGCAAUUAGGCCUUUGAGAACUUUAGAUGUAUUUGCUGGUUGUGGCGGAUUGUCAGAGGGCUUGCAUCAAGCUGGUAUAUCGGAAUGUAGAUGGGCUGUUGAGAAUGUAGAAGCUGCUGCACAUGCCUAUUCUCUUAAUAAUAAAAGUUGCAUUGUGUUCAAUGAAGACUGCAACGCUUUACUGAAAGAUGCUAUAUCUGGAGCUACUCAUAGUGGCGGUGGACUACGACUUCCAAUGCAAGGAGAAGUUGAAUUACUGUGUGGAGGUCCACCAUGCCAAGGAUUUUCAGGAAUGAAUAGAUUCAAUUCUCGUGAAUAUUCCAAUUUUAAGAACUCAUUGGUAGCGUCCUAUUUAUCAUAUUGUGAUUACUACAGACCAAAAUAUUUUAUAUUGGAAAAUGUGAGAAAUUUUGUAGCUUUUAAGAAAGGAAUGGUAUUAAAAUUAACUUUAAGAGCAUUAUUGGAUAUGGGUUAUCAAUGUACUUUUGGCAUUCUGCAAGCUGGAAAUUAUGGAGUGCCACAAACAAGAAGGAGACUUAUUAUUUUGGCAGCAGCUCCUGGAUUUAAACUGCCUUUGUAUCCUGAACCGACUCAUGUAUUUAGCAGACGUGCUUGUUCUUUGACUACAACAAUAGAUGGGAAGAGGUUUGUGACCAACAUUCACUGGGAUGAAUCAGCGCCUCGACGAACUUGUACGAUUCAAGACGCCAUGAGUGACUUGCCUCGAAUUUGUAACGGAGCUAACAAAAUAGAUAUCGACUAUGGCUCUAUGCCGGAGAGUCAUUUUCAGCGCUUGGUUAGAUCUAAAGAUGAAACUGUGAAAUUACGCGACCAUAUAUGUAAAAAUAUGGCACCAUUGAUCCAAGCAAGAAUAUCUAGAAUUCCAACUACUCCAGGAUCAGACUGGCGAGAUCUCCCGAACACAUCGGUUACUUUAUCUGAUGGAACCAAGUGCAAGGUUUUGCAAUAUCGUUACGAAGAUAAGAAGAAUGGUCGAUCAUCUACCGGCGCUCUUCGUGGGGUGUGCGCUUGCGCAGCCGGUGGAGUUUGUUCCUCCGCAGACAAGCAGGAAAACACGCUCAUACCCUGGUGUCUACCACACACUGGCAACCGUCACAACAACUGGGCUGGACUCUACGGUCGCAUAUCAUGGGAUGGGUACUUCAGCACAACUGUGACCGAUCCAGAGCCGAUGGGUAAGCAGGGGCGUGUCCUCCACCCGGAACAGAACCGUGUAGUGUCCGUGCGCGAGUGUGCGCGCUCGCAGGGCUUCCCUGAUACUUAUGUAUUCGCGGGCUCCUUACAGGACAAGCAUAGACAGGUACUAUCAUAUCACAAAACUUAAUGAUUUGCAUCAGGUUGUUUUAUUUAUCUUAUCUAAUUGAAAUACUUACAGACCAACUGAAAUUAGAUCUUAACUAAAAACAAAUAUGACGUUCAACAACACAAAUAUGAAGUUCCAAUGUUUCAAACUAAUCGCUAUAAUAGGGAUGACGACUGGGUAAAAAAAUUUAUCUAUUAAGUCCGUCAGCCAGAUAUAAAUAUUAGAGCCGUAUUUUUUUUGUUCUAAAAUUUAAACAAGUAAUUGCUUAGAUAAUAGGCAUUUAAGUUAAGGAGUCCCCUCUCAGCCACGUCACAGUUUUAUAGAAAAUAUAUAAAAAAAGCAUGUAGUCAUAUGACAUUUCAACUAAAUGUAUCGCGUAAUUUGUUUUCAAUACUAUACUUGACGCACAAACAAACAAAAUUAAGUCGUUCUUCCCUAUUUUCUUACUACAAUGACGUUUAAUUUCGAUGUUAGCAUAGUUGUUAUUGUUUGUACUAAAAAGUAUGAAAUGUGAAUAAAUUAUAACUCAUGUAAAAUCAGACUUCAAUAUUAUUUUUUAUUUCUAAUAAAGCAGCAUAACCAUAAUCAGUCUAUGUAAUUAAUAAAAACAUAUUAAAUAUAUUUGAAUUUUGCAGGUAGGAAAUGCAGUUCCACCCCCGCUUGGAGCAGCAUUGGGAAGAGAAAUAAAAAAAGCCUUGGCAGCAAGCAUUUCACUUUAGAGUAAGAAUUAACAUGUAUUGAAAUCUUGUAUUAAUUUUGUUAAAGUGAUUUUUUGUGAAAUAUUUAUCAUGUCUACUUUAUUAUACAUUGACAAAUUAUAUUCCUUACUUUAUCAUUACUUUUUUCUUUUACUUAUUCCUUACUUACAAGAACUGAUUGCUGUAAAAUUAAUAUAAAUCAGCUAGCAUAUAUAACGCUACGUGCGGUAUGUUAGCACACUAUUAAUAUAUCAAAUUAACG